AUGUCUCAAGAGGUCGAUUUUCCCGAGGAAAUACAACAACUACAGAAAGGAAGAAGCAUUCACCCUAGUAGCAGAAUUGCCCAGCUGUGUCCCUUUAUUGGCGAUGAUGGCGUACUUCGAGUUGGAGGACGACUAAACAAGGCUAAGUUUCAAUAUGAUUUUAAAUACCCAAUGCUUUUGUCCAAAAAUAGUCCCUUAUCUAUCUUAAUCUUUACAGAUGCUCAUCACAAAACACUCCAUGGCGGUCUCAUCCAGAUGCAAGCUUACGUGUCUCGAAAAUUCUGGAUCCUCUCUGCCCGCAACUUGGCAAAACGAGUACAACGCCAGUGUAUCACCUGUUUCAAAUACAAGGCCAAAUCACUUCAACAAAUUAUGGGCAAUCUUCCCUCUGUUCGGAUACAACCCACAAGACCCUUCAAACAUAGUGGUGUGGAUUACGCAGGCCCAAUAACCAUCAAACAAUCAACUGCUCGGAACUCAGUCACAACCAAAGGUUAUAUCUGCCUCUUUGUUUGUAUGGUCACGAAAGCACUUCACCUCGAAGCUGUUACCAGUUUGUCUACAGACGCAUUCAUAGCUGCUUUCCGGAGAUUUACUUCACGUCGUGGAAUGUGCUCAGACCUUUACUCGGAUUGUGGUACAAAUUUUAUUGGCUCAAACAAGGAGCUUAAAAUUCUUCGCCGAAGAAGUAUUGACUCCUUGCCAGAAGACCUCGUUAACCUUCUUACUAAUAAUGGCACAAAUUGGCAUUUUAUACCACCAGCAUCACCAAAUUUCGGAGGACUGUGGGAAGCUGGUGUAAAAUCCACGAAGCAUCAUUUAAAACGAAUAAUGGAUCAUCGGAUUCUUACUUAUGAAGAACUGUCUACGUUACUCGCUCAAAUUGAAGGAUGUCUCAACUCAAGGCCGCUUUGCCCAAUGUCACCUGACCCUUCAGAUUGCGAAGCAUUAACUCCGUCACAUUUUUUGGUUGGAGAGCCAAUAUUAUCUGUCCCUGACGAAGACUUGUUAGAUUGCUCCAUAGACAGACUUUCCCGAUGGAAAGUAGUUCAACUACUCAAGCAACAAUUCUGGAAACGAUGGUCAACGGAAUAUGUAAACCGACUUCAAUCCCGUCCUAAAUGGUUAAAGCCCCAAAAGAAUGUUGAAGUUGAUGAUUUGGUCAUUGUAUUUGAUGAACGCCUUCCUCCUGGCCAGUGGCCUCUGGCACGAAUUACGGAAAUUCAUCCCGGCACUGAUGGCAGAGUUAGAGUGGUAUCUCUUAAAUCAAAUGGAAAAAUCUACAAACGUCCUGUUUCGAAAAUUGCUCAAUUACCCCUUCAAGAAGAUUUUACUUCCUGCAAAGAAAAUGAUGAGAGUUGCUGUGAGCCGAGGCAUAGCACGGUUAUCUCGGAAACCGAAUAA